GCAAGAUGGUGGAAUCUUUUGGCAUGUGUGCACCUUGAAAGUCCACAAUGUUUUCAAGGCCUGCAGCCAAAGAUACUGAAAAUGAUCUACUUAUGCUGCAAGAUAAAUUUGUUACAGGUCGUUUGAACCCUGCAGCAGCCGUUGUUCGGUCGAACACAAGCGAGGAAUCUCGGUCACUAGGGGAAAAGAGAGACGCACCAUGCGACGUACAAGUUACAAGAGACGUCGUCACGUUACAGGGUGAGGAUAAUGAAGUCUUUGAGACGAAAUGCUAUUACCUCUACUUAAGUUAAAUAUUGAAUAGGUUUAUUUAGGUAAUAAAACGGUUUGGAUUUGGUUUAAUUAUGCAUGCGUGCAUUCUGUUUUGACCUCCAUGUAGAGUUUCGCUGAGGCUUUUUAUCCAGUGUCAGAUUCAGAGGGAGUGUUCUAUCAAUCGGAAUUACCCCUACCCCUACCCCUACCCCUACCCCUCCCCCUCCUCCUCCCACCCCAAAUAUGUUUUUUCUACUUGUCUAACACCAAAACUCUUGUAAUGACAAGAGGGCAAAUUUCCGCUGAACAGCUGGCUGAUGUUUUUCGUGUCACAGAGAGCGAAGAGGGGCAUAGGUUGGUGGAAAGUGAUUUUGGACUACCCCUGUUAAAAAAUUCUGGAUCCACCUCUGCUAUGGGAUCAGUCCCUUAGCCUAUUAAUCAUGGCUGAAUUAAUCAUAUAGGAGGAGAUGCGCAAAUCUGUUUCAGUACAUUAAGAUAGCUGUAUGACAACCUUACCCUUUCAUAUCUGUCAUCUCUCUGUGCCACCCAACCCCAACCCCUACCCACAAACAUUAAACAUGUCAGACCAGAACACAGUAUUAGUGUCUUUCCCCUCUUCUGUUUUGUGGAGGAGAGUUUUCCUUGACACAUGUAUCCCCAAGUACAAUGGUAUGCUGGGAUAGAAGUCAAUUUUUUGGUACUUUGGUCAAUUUUUUAACUGUUCCUACACAUGUUCGUGUUGCCAGGGCUUAACUAAUAUAUUAAAGCCCUUCAAGUGACAUUUCAUUACCUUCAGGUCUUCCAACAGUACAACCAUCCAGCAGAUUAGACUAUGGAAUCCCACCAAAGAAGAAAUCAAGAUUCAAAACAAGACAUCAAGAGACCUUUGUAUGUUCCUUCCUUGGCAUAGUGUACUAUCUGGGCAAAAAUAUUUUAAUUAACCCUUUAACUCCCAUGAGUGACCAAGACAGAAUUUCUCCUUACAAUAUCAAUAUAAUAUUAACCAGAUAAGUGAUGAGAGUAAAGAAAAAUAUGAAUUUGGGAAAAAUUAGUUGAUCCAAUAUUUAAUUCGCUGAACUAACGUCAUAAUAAUUGUAUGGUUGACAGUAAGGAGAAUUACAAAUUUGAUCUGGGUUAGAAGGUUAAGACUGCCCAAGAUGUAAUUUCAUUGUUGUACGUGUAAGUGUAAUAGGUUAUUACCUUAGUUUCUAAAUAUUAUUCUGUAUCCUGUACAGAAGAACAAAAGGCGAGAUGGCGAAGAGGAAAUGGACUGUGAAGAACUUCUUGACAGUGAGUUUUAUUAUUAAGUAAUAAGAGCAAAUUUGUGGCAAUUAUGUUAGCAGAGCUUGGAUAAAGCUUGAGUUUACAAUAAAAAAUACUGUAACAUUACAAACAUACAAGAAUGUAUGCAAUUUUCCAAAUUCAAAUUUGUUUCUUGAUCUUUUAAAAAUUUUGGCUGAUGUAAAGAUUUGAAUGUUGCCCUACUUUUUUCUUACAUUUUAUAGUUCACGACAGGCAUGUGACUUCAGUGCUGUCUCAGAUUCAGGUUAGUAACAAUGGCAAGAUUUCUUUCUUCAGGAUGAUAAGUACUCCACAUAUGUACUUGAUGUGGGUCAUCAAUUCUCUCCUAGUUUGUUUUACUGGAAUCAAGUGUCCAUGGUAGAUCUUAAAUGACAAAGAUAUUAAGAGUGUCCUGAUUGGUCAAAAACUUAUUGUUUGUUAUUCCAUUACAUCCAAAGAAAAUCUAUGUUUAUAGUAGCAAUAGACCACACAUUUUAUCACCUCCAGCUCCUGAUUUUUUCAUGAUGUGUUCUCCCAACACCCUGUGUGUGAGUUAUUACACCGUCUUGUAAACCUACAGAAAAUCCACUCUAUUGCUCUAUAAAAAGACGUGUCUUAAAGAGGGCUAAACUUAUUACUGAGUGUAGACUACUUUGAAAAAAAUUGGUAACUGUAUUUAAAACACAAGCUCUGCCUUAACAAAAGAAGAUCUUUCAGUAGGAUGGUACAUCUUUUUUACACAAAACGAGUAGUAUCCAAAUUAUUAACACCAAGAAACAUAGCAUGUGCAGUUGUUAUUAAGAAAGAGAAAAGGGUUUUAAAGAAUCAGGCUUAAAUUACUCACCAUCCAAACCUGCAUUUUGCAGAGUGGCAGAGGUAAUUUUUGAGGUGGCCCAUAUUUUGCUGAAGCAUGAUCAUUCUUGAACCCUUGGAACAUACAAUUAUAUGGCUUUCCAUGGAAAAUUAAUUAAUCACUUUCAAUGCACGGGUUGAUCAAGGUUGAAUCUUGUCAUAUCUUUACUAUCAGUUAUCUUUUUUAUUGAGUGACUCCUUAUAAAAUUCUUCAAUUCUCUAUAGGAGAAAGAGAUUGGUAACCGAAGUAUUGCUACUCCAAGAGUAUCUGAAAGAGGAUUUCCCAUGGUUCUCCAUCGUGGAAACAUCAGUGAGCAAGUGAGAAAGACUUUACAAAAUCUUCUUCUUCUUAGUUAGAGUCGGAGGGCAAACUCUUGAAAUGUCAGCCUUUAACCCUUCAACUCCCAUGAGUGACCAAGACAGAAUUUCUCGUUACAAUAUCAAUACAAUAUCAAGCAGACAAGUGAUGAGGAUAUAGAAAAAUAUUAACUAGGGUAUUAGUAGUUGAUCCAGUACCAAAUUCUCCAAACUAACAUCACAAGAACUAAAUGGCAGACAGUAAGGAGAAUUACUCGUGAGAUCUUAGGAGUUAAAGGGUUAAACUCUUUAUGGUGGCCUGAGUUUAUGUUUAACUUAUCAACUCAGUUGAUAGGUAUGUUGUAGUUUGAAACAGUUUCAGGUCAACAUCAAUUUCAAACUUGUUUUAUUUAGAUUUUUCUUUGUUCAAGGUCCUUCGUAAUUUAUUUGGAACAGAAAUAAUUUGAAACCAUUUUGGCCUGAAUUUAAUUUUGACCUGAAAUUAAUUUUUCAAUACAACAUGUAAACCAAUUGAUUUCAUGCAAAUUCUUGAUCAUGCACAAAUCUCUUUAGAUCCCUUUUGACUCCAAAUGGUUUUUUUCCCUUUUUUCUGCAAACUGAGAUUUAUUGCAUGUGGUCUUUAUUACAGAAUGAGUCAUCAAAAGAAACCAUUUCUCAAAGCAGAAAAAGUUUGUUUGCCCAGCAAUUUGCUGCAUCAGGUGCAGUCACAUUUGGUGUGCCAAAACACCAAAAAGACAAUUUACAGAAGACAAUAGAGGAGGUUAAAGUUACCCAAGCAGGUUCUUGUCCAGUGAAAUAUCAAAAGUCCUCCUUGAUUUCUGGAGAAGGUCUGGCACAAGGUUCAGAGAGAAAGACUUUGAAGGACAAGGCAGUUGAUGAAAUUCACAAAGAGAACGUAGCUAAGCUGGAAGCUAUGACACAUGAAGAGAUCAUGGAGGAGCAAGCCAGGAUAAAAUCAGCACUGGGUGAGUUUACAUUCUGCUUCUGUUUGCAUCGUGUUGCACAGUUAUACUAUGUUCCUGAGGAAGUGAUUUUCUGAUCCUCAUUGGUGAGUUUGCAACUGAAGAAUUUAUAGACAUAGAACCCUUUACACCCCAAGAGUGAUAAGUAUCUAAUUUCUCCUUGCUGUAUCACCAUUGAAUCACGCAUUGAGGUCACAAGAAUACAGAAAAUUAUCACCAACUGAAGAAGCUCUUGAUUGUUAAACAAAUUCUCCUCGUUAGCACCCAGAAAAUGUAUAGAGAACAGUAUAGAGAAUAUGCAUACUGAUUUUUGGGGUACAAAGGGUUAACAUCAGUAUGCAUAUUCUCCAUUCUGUCCUUCAUACAUUUCCCAGGGAGCUGGCAAGAAGAAUUUGGAUGCGAGCACUAUAAAUCAUAUGAUAGAUGAUUUCAUUGAUAUAAAAUAUAAUUCCAUAAUUUUCCAAAUUCAUGGGGUUUUUUAAUUAAUAUAUAUUAUUGGUGUUAUAUUAGAAAAUUGCAGAUGUAAGGCAUUCAAACCUAUGAUAGUUUUUUGCUAACCUGUCUAUUGAUGUGCAUAGUUUUUGCUUUCCUGGGGGACGGAUGAGGAAGGAGCAUGAAUCCCAUUUGUGGUUGUGCUAGAUUCUUAACUGUUGGCUACACUUGUUGGCAGUCUAAAUAUUCAUUUAGAUUUAUUGAUUUGACUUUUGUUACCUACAGAUCCAAAUCUUGUUGCUUUUUUGACAUCACACAAAAGAACAAGGGUUGAGGCAAUGGAUACAGCUUCGACAGAAGAAAAACAAGUUGGUCACAAGAACAGUAACAACCCUACUGGAGAAAACAUAGGCCAAGUUGAAAAACAGGUCCAAUUCAAUGAAAAUGUUGAAAUGAUCAAAGAAGGAAAUGAACAGAAUAGAAUACAAGAAAAACAGUCUAGUGAAGUGAAAAAGAUUGGAGAUGUUGAAGUCUCCAGCAAAUGGAUUCACAUGGACACUGUGGAAUACGAGAAGCUAGAAUGGAUGAAAGAUUGCCCUCCACCAAGCGCUCUGGAAAGCAAGGUGAUGAAAAAUUCCAGAAGAACGCAAGGCAAUAAUCGGCUCAGGUCUUGUACCCAGAUUUCUUGACAGGUGGUCCUGCAUGGUAAUCAUUAGCCUAAGGGCUUAACCCUUUAACUACCAGGAGUGAUUACCAUGCAACCUUCUUCCUAAGGUGUCCAUAUAUUAUCCAACAAGUAGGUAGUGAGAAUACUCAAACUCGUCAGGUACAAGUUAUUACCUUGAUUGAACACCAAAUUCUUGAAACCAAUUUAAAAGGAAAUAUGUAGUAGCUAGAGGGAAACAUUGACAAUCAGAUCUUGGGAAUUAAAGGAUUAACACCCCACUUUUUCCUUUAAAGCUCCAGAAAUCAAGAUAGAUGUAUGUAAGCUCUGGUAAAGCCACUUGGGAUUUAUUUUUACCGGAAUCUCUCAAAUUUGAGGACACAUUCUGAACUUCUUAUUCUAACAGGAAGGAAACCAAGCUCGCUUUGACUUCAACGGCUGCUUAGUUUCAAAAAUGGAUGACAUCCCAGUGUACCUUGGUCUUCAUCACCAUGGUAAGGACCCAAGCUCUCCAGGUUAUACACUAGAAGAACUCUUUAUUCUGGCCAGAAGCAGCUUUUUACAGCAGCGUGUGUUGGCUUUGCAAGUUUUGGCCAAAAUCACGAGACAGGUACUGUUGGUGUAUUUUUUAGUAAUUAAUGAAAAUGAAUAUUUUCCACUGAAUUGUUUUUGGGAAAUGUGCACCCCAUGAAAUAAUUCCUUCUGGUUUCACAUCAAUAACGAUCGGCAGACAUUGUACAAGCUCAGUGUAGAUAUAUUUGGUAUUUGCUCAGAUUUUUAACAAUUACUCACCCAAGUGGAGGUGAAUAAUGGUAGAUAUUUACCUUGCCGCUUUGCAGUUCAGUACUAAAUAUCCACCACUUUCACUGACAUUGAGGUAAAUAAUAAUUUUUGUUUUAGUGAAUAACACCCAUAAAGCAGAUAAAUUAUUCAGUUUAUUUGUGCCAACAUACCAAAAAUGGUUGGAAAUUAAAUUGUUGAAGUGCCAUUUUGCCUCUUCAGCUGUUAAUCACCUGCUAAUUACUUCUGGGGCAGCCACUCAGCAUGCAUAAAAAGCACAUGUGGUAUAUACCAUAUAAUGAGAUAUCUGGCUAGUAGUCUAUUCACAGCAGUAAUUUAAUAAGAAUUGUCAUGGGAAUAAAUUCUAAUCCAGAUGCUCUCUUGGUCCAAACCCCAAUGAAAAUCCCUGUUGAAAUACUAAACAAUAUGUUAUAAUUUUCAAGUCUAAUGGGAACCUUUUUCAUACUCCCUUUCAGGAUCAAAUGGGAGCAUUUCAAGGACAUCUUCAAGGUGAUGUCCUGUCUGCACUACUGGAUGCUGGAAUCCUGUUCCUUCUCAGAUGGUCAUUGGAUGACACAACAGAUGCUGUCAUGGCCGCUGCUACACAAGGAUUAGCAGCCAUCCUCAUUGUGCCAAGUGAUAAGGUAAAUGUAAUAACCUGACAUAUUUCUUCAUUUUUCACUUGCUAAAUCUGAGGCCUGUGUCUCUUAAUUUCAGGAAUUAGCUGACAAGAUGUAUGGUUUUCCACGAGGACAAGAGCUCCCAGCGCUCUCUCCUGUCAGGGAAAGCAAAGAACAAAAUAAACAGCUCAGAAAGAAUGAAAAGGAGGAGGAGAACAAUCUAACUGAUGCUGAACUAUUGAAACAGGAUGUUGUGAAAGUAAGAAGAUUACAGAAUUGAGUUGUUUUUACACUGACAAUUCUUGAUGCCAGUUUUUAGAUCAUGUUACACAAGUCAAGACAAAUUUUAGAUAAAUAAAACUUUGUUGAUGAAAUGGUCAGCAGAGUGAACUAGAUGAGAUGAUUUUGCAGUACCAUUUCUCCUCCAAUAAGUGAUGACAGGAAUAACAGUGAAGGCAAAGCAAGCCUAAAACAGUAGAAACUGUUUUUAGACAAGUUGUACAGGAUCAUGGUAAAGACUCUGAAACAGUAGAAACUACAACAGGUGCUCGAGGAGUGAUUAAGUUUUAUUAAUCUUACGUGUAAAAUGUUCAUAUUUCAGAAUAUUUAGGGUUGGAAAUCGGCCUUAUUUCAUUUGCCAUACAAUUCCUCAUAAUGUGGUAAAAUUCUCAGUGGUCCCUUGCGUAUCUUAACACCAUGCCACACAACAUGUGACAUUUUCAUAAAUUGAUCUGUGGCUUUUUCUCAAGACUUGAGCUUGGGAUGCUUGUGGUAUAACGUGAACUUAAGGAACUCUCCUACUUUUACUAGCUAUUCCCAAUUAGUUAGGCAGCAUGCGUUAUACCAUUGUGAAUUGAUCUACCAUCUUCCUUCAACAAGCACACCUUUCUAUUUUUUUGUUUUUUUUCUUUUUCAACCAAAGUCCUUAUUAUGUGAGAACCUUAACCCUCACUUCUUUGUGUCCUUUUGGGAUUGAUCAACAGACCCAUUUAUUAUCAAAUAAUUAAUAAUUAAAACUGAUCCACCAUUAAUAUUAAACCUUGUAAAAUCUUAUUUUUGAGGGCUUGAUCCAGAUGAGUAUUUUACCAAGACUAAGAUACAUCUUGGAGGUCUGUCAUCCUUCUGUUCUGGUAGUUCAUGACAUCCUAGAUGUACUGACAAGAAUAUCGCAGCAUUCAACACAAGCUGCCAAUGAAGUACUGCGGUGCCCCAGACUUAUGGAAACCAUCUUUACUAACUUUCUUCCCCUCUCAUGGAAAAUGUCUGAGCCAGAUAGUGAUGCUGUAUAUGGUGUUCCUGUCAGUGCAGCCAUGAGACUUGUGCGGACAGUCUGUUGUGCAGGAAGACACAUGGCUGCAACUUUGGUAAGUUCAGUUCUGCUAUUAUUCAUCUCCUAAAUGGUAGAGCCAGCUUACAAGCCAGUAAACCCAUUUUUACCAGAAUUUAUUGUGACUUUUUAAUCAGUGUUGUGAAGAGACUACAAAUAUUGUUACUCCCUGUUGAUGGAUGCAGGUUUACCCUUUAGCCUUUGGUCAGGCCUCUCUGUUAAUUCACUAGACUGGAGAGAAGCACUGUGAUUGUAAAUUGUAUUGCCUAAGAAUACAGCACAUUGUCCAGACACUACCCUGAACCUUGAGGUUUUGAGCAGGAGGUCAGUGCACUAACUGUUAGACAUUCCCUUUACACUGGAAAAUUAAUACAAGCACCUAAAUAAGCACCCUUGAAUUUUAAACAAUUUCUCGAAUCAAAGUAAUAAUAGACUCAAAUUGAACAGAAUUUCUAUGGUAGUCUGUUUCUUGUAUUACAAAUGCUCUCUGUCUAGCUACAGAUGAAAAAAAAAUUGCAAGGGUGAAAAUAUAUAUGCUAUCUGUUGAGUGUUCUAGUAAAUUUUGUACUUCGUGGCAGAUCUCAAAGUACAAUUUGACUGAUCGACUGAUGCGCUACACUGCUCUGAACCCCAGGAACAUGCAAAUGGCACUGCAAGAGGCUUAUUCAUUAUACACUGAAAGUUUAAGAACAUGGAGGGUCUGUGUGUUGUAUGGCUUGGGCUGUGAUGCUGUUAGGUGAGCUACAAGCUUUCAAUUUCCGCAAGAGAUAUUAGGAUAAUUAAGGAAACCAGGACGGGUGCGGCAAGUUUUGUUUUAAUUAAUGAUUAAAUCAAAAUAGACAAGUUGUACAGGAUCAUGGUAAAGAAUAAGGCAGAAAUGAUUAAAUCCUUAAACCAAAUGGUGACCAGCAUCUAAUUUCUCCUUGCAAAAAUACUGCUGAAUCAUUCAUUAAGAUCAUGGGGAUAAAGGAAAUGAUCAUCAACAUAAGAAGCUUUGAUUGUUAAACAAAUUCUCCUUACCAGUAACAAAAAAAAGUGUAUAGAAGAGUAUGGAGAAUUUGGAUGGUAAAUGCUAGGGUGUCAAGAGUUAACCCUUUAACUCCCAUACAUGACUAGCAUGAAACUUCACCCUAUAAUAUCCCCACAUUAUCCAGCAAACAGUUUAAGAGACUACUCAAACCUAUCCUGGGUAGAAGUUGUUAUCUUGAUCUACUACCAAAUUCUCUUAACUAGAUUAUAAAUAAAUGUGUUGAAGCUAAAGGGGAGAAUUAUGGGUCAGAUCUUGGGAGUUAAAGGUUUUACGUUCCAAGGUGAUGAUCUUUCUUCAGAACUCUUUUUUCUUUCCUGCAGGGAGAUGUACUCAACAUUUAUUGAACACCUGCAAUCAAUUCAAACUCUUUCCAUUUUGAUGACAAUGCCUGAGGAAAGAUUGGAACUCAACUGUGCAGCUGCCAUAUUUAGUGUAAUAAAAGCAGUCAUUCAGGCUGCUGCAGCAGCUGCUGACCAGCAGGUACCAGCAGAAUGUCAUGGGAUGGACUCUCUACCACCUCUGGCAAUUAACUGGAGUCAUGUGACAGGAUUUCUACCUCUGAUUGGUGGAUGUGUAAAUAAGUGGGUCAAGGAGAUACUGGGUUGUGGUCAAGGUCUUAAAGAUCUCCAGGUAUGACUGAUGCUUAUUUGAUUUAUAGGGUAACCUAUGAAUUUUGCAUUUGCUUUUGCUUUACUGGGCUUUUCCUUUAGGAACUUUGGCUGUUAAACCAUGUGAAUUGUAGUCAUUUAUUGUUUUCUAGGCUGUAGACUUUUUAAGAUAAGAAAUAAAGCUAAAAUAAAGCCAAAAUGUGUCAGUUAGGUUCUUCAUAUCAGGUCAGAUAAUGAUAAACUACUAAUUUAUUGAGUUGUGUGUCAAUCCCUGUUUCCCAGUAUGAAAACCUCUGUCUCCUGUCAGGAGCUUUUGCUGGUUUGGUGGCUUUCUACUCGAAACUUCAUGACCAGGUUGGUGUUUGUCUCUUCUUUUGUUUGCCUUUUCCUAACCAUGUCAUUGUAUUUAUGCCUAAUGCUGCCUGUGUGAACUGAUUUAACUUGGCAUAAAUCUGCUUGAUCACAGGUAUCCCACUCUCCUGUGGAGACUCUACAGCAGUUAGAACACUUAACCGGCACUGUGCUCCUUCCAGUGGUAGAGCAUCAUGUCCUGGACUGGUGUUUUACACAAAUCAGGUAAUUUAAUUUUUGUGAAUUACAUUGAGAUGCUCCUUUGAAAAUUUUGCAGCACUUUUGCUAUCAGGCAUCAUUAGAGAGUUAUUUUGUUAAGUGUCAUAAAACCAAUACCUAAGUAACAGCAAAGUCCAAUCAGGAGAAAGGAAAUUUUCUUUAGGAGCUAAUGAGAACUCAGAGUCAAAACAAAUAAUCUGCCUAAUGAGCGGAAAAAUGUAGUGACUUAGUUGUGAUUGAUUUUACUUUUAAUUAGCUUCUGAUUGGUUGAGAAAGUGGUGCAAAUUUUCUGGACCAAUCACAGCUCUAAUUAAGCAGUCCUUAAUCACUUUUGACACUCAAUAUAAAAUUGCUCUUUAAGGUUAUUAUUGGUGAUUGUUAGUAUCUUAUUUUUCACUUAAUUUGAAGUUCUAGAUCAGCUUAUAACACGACUGGAGGAUCAAGGCUUUCUAGAAAGGCUAUCCCUAGUCUUCCAGACUUUGGCUCUAUAGAACUGGUGAACCCUGGAACAGAACUGGUGGAGUCGAGCAGACCUGAACUUAUUGCAUUCACAUCAUGUAUAAUUGAACUUAUAUAUCAUGUCACCAAAUUGCACAGAGGAAUCACCCACAAGGUAUCUUAUACAUUAGACUUAUUACAAAAAAUCUGAUUAGCUGAGAGCAUUCAAUCAAUUUACAAUAGUGUGUGAACCUGAUAUGUUAAAUUACAAUAUAUAUGGAGAAUAUUGCAUUUAUCAUGUUGAGUUCAAAGUCUGUUGUAGUUUCCAAGUCCCAAGUUUCCAAAUGUGAAAAAAAUUAUAAUAAAGCAUUUAUUGAAUUCGGUUUUUGCCACAUGAUGUCAUGCUGAACCUCAUCCAAUAAUUGCUUUUUUAAACCAUACUGUUCACUUUUCACCAUGGAUAUCAAAAAAUAACUCUUGAAUUAUACUUGAAUUACGACAUUACUCAAUGCAAAUGCUUGAUUAGAGAUUUUGUUAUUGUUCUCUUGACAAGAUAUGAUCUUACUUACACUUUUGUUUGUUCAUUUGUGGUUCUUUUGUCAUUUUAUCAUUAGUUCUCUGCCAUUCUUUCCAAUAAUGCUGUCUUGGAGUAUUUGAAACUUGUUGUUGAAUCCCAGGUUUGUGCACAGAGUUUUGCUUCAUAUGAUAAUGAGGAAGAAAGCUUCAAAUUUUUGGAGUUCCAUGUAGAAUGGAAUGUACAUAAUUAGCUAAUUACAAUGUCAUGUGAACAAGUAUGAUCCAGUUCGGUAUAAGGACUGUUUUUGAUCAGGUUUGCCUAGGCACCAUCAAUUGUAUUUAUUACCAGGAAGUAUACAUGUUAUAACACACUUGAUGAUUUUUUGUAGUUUGCGAUAACAUUUCUGAAUUGAACUUAUCAUAUGACUCAUACACUUUCUUGCAUUCUUCAAAAAUUUCCAGUGUGAUGCUGAGAGCAGGGCUGGAAAAAAGUCAUACAGCCCAGCAAGCUGUGAGCCAAAAGGGGAAAGGAAGAAAAAGAAAAAAUGACGGUCAUGUGAUAAAACAGUUAUUGACUGAGUUUGACUGGGGUAGACAGGAAAAUACUCAAGGCUCUCGAUCAUGAUACAUGGAGUUUGCUGCUCCUGGACCAUGGUUAAAGACCAGACCUAGAGUUAAAUAUUUUUGCGUUCUGCUCUUUCGCUCAGUCAAUAAGUUCAUAUUAUUGAAUGUUAUCAUUUUGAUUUGAUUCCUAACAGAGUGUUUCCUCAUCCUUCUUUGUUCGUCAAGAGCAUCAUUUGCAGUACUUCCUGUUGAAACUUGUCAGUAAUUUGGUAAGGAAAAAAUACAUUAUUUAAGCUUUUUUCCCUCUCUUUCCUGUAUGUGUGAUUGAGUGCAUAUACCAUCCUCUUAAAGCACAGCUUAUAACUUUCUGGCUUGCAGAUAGGACUACCAGAAUCAGAUGAGUGUUCAAGUUAUGUUUCUUUAUGGCAUGAGGCUGCUCUAUCACUGUUCUCCAAGAUCUUCCCAGGCGAUGAGUUUUAUGCGCAAGAUCUACUUUCGACAAUAUUGUUCAAUUCAAAGUUUUUCAGGUGAAUUGGCCAUUUUUUGUGCUUUUAAGGUUCAGAGUUAAUUAGUGCAUUUUCAAACACAAUCGUAGUGUCCAUCAAGUGACUAGGUUUCGUCCACUUUGGUAUUUUCAUUCCAGCAAAGUGAAUGGACCUCUAUCCGUGGGUGUCACCAGAGACCUCUCAGAAAUGACACUGGCUACUCCUCCAGUUCCAAGUACAUAUGAUACUACAGCUACAAGUAGAGGAGAUCUUAUAGCUGAGGCUCAUAAAAACUUACCUGGUAUAAGGUCCACAUUCAAAUGUGCCUUUGAGGGCAUGAAUUAUCCCUUGAGAACUUCUAGGUAUGAAAGCUGAGUUCUGUCUUAACACUUUUUCUCUUAAGGUCGGAUUAGUAAUUCUCCCUUGUAACUGUCAGACAUUUCCUUGUAAAUUAGACAAGAGAAUUUGGUGGUAUACCAAGAGAAAACUCCCUAGCAGAUAGGCUUGGUUAUUCUCAUAACCUGUUUGGUGGAUAAUGUAUUGAAAUCGCAAGGAGAAUCUGCAUGUGUAUCACUUCUAGGCGUUAAGUUACACAAGGAUAUUUUCUCUCCUUUAAAACUACAUUUAUCUAAAAGAGGAAUACGAAAUAUAUUCACACAAACUAGGCAAUGAACAGCUCUUGAGGAACAAGUAUGGGAAAGGAUGGAGAUGAUCCAAACAGAAUGUAAAUGACAGGCCUUAAAUAGUGAACAUAUCCUAGAUUAUGUUUCAAGGCGUACUUAAAUGUAAGACUGUUGACAGGCAUAGAUUUUGAGAAACAUUUUGACAUCCAUGCACAGGUGUAGCUGACCACUGCAUGAAAAAGAGUAAUCAGUUUACAUGUACUUUGCUAAUUUUCACUUCUGAAUCCCUCUCAGGUCAAUGGCCCUUUGUCAAGUGCGUAAUAUUCAAUCGUUUAUCGUCCCCUCAUGCGUAGGUCCUCUUCAACCCGCUGACUGGGUGUUUCUCCCCAUAGUGGAUCUGUAUAACCUGGCAAUAAGUGUGUGAGUAAAUAUCAAAGUUCACAGCUGUGUUUUACUGAAUUUACAUUCCUGCAGAUUGGGUGCCGCAGUUUAUUUAAUUAGUUUCAGUUGCAUGAAUAGAAUCAUUGUGAACCACUUAAAUGUAAUAUGCAUUUUGUAAUCCUGAAAUAAAUAAUACUUUCGGUUUUCAUGGUAGAUGUUCAGAUGUAAAGGAACCGUUUUAUUUUAUGCAAAAUGAAGAGCAAAAAGUGGUAUCAUUUAAGGCUUGGAUGACAUUAAUUACUUCUGUUCUUUUACCUGUUUGUCUGUUUACUUCUGUUAGUGAAAUGAAGGGCGACAGCAUAAAUACCAUUUCAGGCUCGGCAGUUUCCAUAGUAACUAAUACACUUCAACUGGUUCUCUUGCUUGAGGAAUGGCGGCCGUCCUGUUUACGUCACGUGACUAUGGCAUCACGAAUAGCCAGGCUCAUGUGCAUCUUCUUGACAGGUGAGGUGACUUAACCUUUCAACCCCUAAGAGUGACUAGCAUCUAAUUUCUCCUUAAAUAUCACCCUUGAAUCAAACAUAAAGGUCGUGAGAAUAGAGGAAAUGAUCAACAACUAAAGCAGCUCUUGAUUAUUAAACAAAUUCUCUUUGUCAGCACCUCGGGAAAUGUAUGGUGAAUAGUGUGGAGAACGUGGAUACUGAUCUCAAGGGGUUAAGGGGGUAAAGAACUUUUGAAGUAGAACGUUAAGGGUUCAGUUUGUUCUUUUCACCAGGUAAUUUACUGUUUUCUACUCUGUUUUUAUAGGAAAUGAUCUGUUCCUGGACAGUGGCGUUCACAAUUAUCUAUCAGCUCUUUUGAAGAUUUAUACGAGCCCCUCACAUCUCUGCCGCCUUGAUUUUAAUUCUCCAAUUCCUGGACUUACAUCCUUCUAUGACCUGUAAGUAGCUGAGGGUCAGCAGUGGUUCUGCUCCCAUCUCGUUUGACAUUAAGUUAAUUCCCCUUUUUGAGAGGUGAGACCAACAUUCUUUGGGAAGAACAAGCCUCCACUCUGGAGGAAUAACAAUACUUUCACUCUCUUCGAAACUGGAAUAAGUUCCUGUCAUGUUGGGCUAAAAGGCCCGUGUCAACUGAACAAAAUCAUUUUACACACUGAUAGCGGAGCUCGCAGAGCGUAGCCCCAUACAAAAUAGUAGUAACCCAUCAAGCCGAAAAAAUUUGGUUGUACGACCGUACGACCGUAACAUGCGUGGUUAACUGUACCGCGGGCACGCCAACGUCACGGCUUUGUUCAGUAGUCCUGUGGUCAGUGCACUGGGCUCCGAGUCGGACGACCCGGGUUCUAGUCCUGGUCGGGGCAAGGCGUUGUGCCCUUGAGACGUGCGGGGGAAAAAAAAUCCGCUCCGCUUUUAGGCUUGGCUAAAUCUAUAUAUUAUUUGAAAUAUGGCAUUAUGCCAUCGCAACAAUUCGAUCCUGGGCAGCAGUCUCACCCUGAUUGGUUUUUUACUCUGUCCAACCACCUUUGCCAAAAUCUAAUCUCUACAUUUCUUCGCGAAAGACAAAAUAGGAAGAGAAACAAAAUUCCAGUGUUGUAACAUAACCUUUCAUUGCUAUCAACUCUCCAAUCAAAUUCUGUGUACAUAAGAAAGUGAACUAAGGUCCUUGACUUUACCUCUUUUACUUUUUUUAGGUACGCAUCACUACUGUCCCAGUACUCUGCAGUCUCCUUUGGAGAUGCUCUCUUUGGUUGUUUUGUUAUUUUACCCUUGGCUCAGAAGCACAACAUGAAAUUUAGAACAGCUGUUUGGGAUGAACACAUAGGAGUCUUGAGAGCUUUGUCAAUACCCCUAGACCAGGUAAACUAGAUCAAAUGGUCGCUGUAAAUCUACACAAGUUUCAUCCUUUUCGUGCUAUGAGAUAGCCAAGUUUUUCCUCCCCUAAUGAGUUCUUCUGUCCCAUAUUCCUCUACCACUAAUGUAUAAAAACUUCCAUUGUUCAUCCACGAGAUCCUUACCCAAUACGAUGAAAUUUACAAAAAGUUCUAUUUUACAGCUUUUUAUUUUCCUUUUUUUAUCUAUCCCAUAGCCGUUUUUGGAGUUACUUUGACUUCAUAAUGAACCUGUUGUGACGAAGAGAUAGCUCUAUUUUGAAUAGUUUGCUUUAUAUUUUUUUGAACGGAAAUCCGGCUCUCUACCAAAUCUUGGGAUUGGAUAUAAAGUAACUAUUUUGUAUAAGAAUACUGUGGCUUUAAAACUACAAUUUGAUGGCUAGUAUAAUUUUUUUCCCUCUGUUUCCUUCAGCUACCCAUCCCCCUAGAGGAAUUCCUGUAUCCUGUUGAGCAGAACCAGUCAUUACUGGCGCUUUAUUUACGAGCUCUUGCCACCCAAACAGUCAGGUACGCGUGACAAAUACACUUCGCCUUUGUUUAUAAAUACAAACAGACUGAGCAAGUGUUAAAUUUAGUGUUGAAAGUUAUCUGGGAUUCCUUUCGUCUUUGCUUUACUCUGCUAGAUGUGAUCGGUCCAUAAAUGAUUCCCCUUUAUUACUGUGAGAGAUUAAAGAAAUAUUAUUAUUUUGAAAUAGACGCCACCCUUUAAUAAGCAUCAUUAUUGACGCUCCGGCACCAGCAUUUCUUCGCCUGCCGAGAAACAUGAGAUUUAGGGCAAUGCGAGUUAGUAAGAGGUCUGUAGAGUCCGCCAAACCUCUCCCCGACUGGUCUCAAAUCUUUCCGUUACUGGCGAAAUGAGCUUCACUUUUUAAUGUCGUGCUAAUUACUUUUACUUUAUUUCAGACCGCGGUGGUCCCCUUUGUUUUACCUUGCAGCUGUUCAUCACGUUAAUUCUUUUGUUUUUCAAAGAGUCGACCCUGAGGUCAGUAUGCACUGUCGUCUAAACUGUUACUAGCAUAACUUGUUCAGAUACUCAGCUAUGCCAGACACCGAAACGUCUAGUAAGAAUUGACAAAGUAAUAUUAUUUAAAGUCAGUAAUGUUCCUCUUGUCAUGCAAAGGUUUUUUUUUAAUAACCUUUUAUUUUAUCCUAGGAUUCACAUGAAUUGAAAAAGAAGGUAAAUUUCUUGAAGCAAGUUCUCGCAGUGCAGAAUGAGGUAACUGUUUUAUUUAGUUCAAUUUUGGCUCAUUUCUUCUGUAAUCUUGUGAUCAGCAAUUCCGUCUGUCCUUCUUUAAGUCUCCAAGUGAGGAGCUUGGUCGCACAGUUUGAUCGUUCUGUUUACUUAUCCAGGGUGCGCCGAUUGUCCGGGACAGGUAGAAAUUUAUUUCGGACAUGUAAACCUUUCAUAUAACUUGUCCGUGGGACAAGCUCAUUUUUAGUACGGAGAAGUAAAGAAACAACUGAAAAUUGACUUCAAAUUACAACAGAGUUAAAGUAUAUCUUGUAGUCGUUAAAAAAACCCUUAUACUUAGCAAAAUAAGGUAAAAUAUUCCUCUUCAGUUCGCUAUUCCACGACCAUUUUAGUUUUUUUUUUAAAGAGCUCUGUUUGGCUUGGGAACCUGGCCGUAGUAACCAGGCCUGUUAAGAAGUAACUCAUUCCCAGGCUCAAAAUUCGAGUUAGCCAAGAUUAAUGCAGUGCAUGUCUGAAAGGGAAAGGAUAAGAAAAUUUUCCUCUUACCCUGCAAUCAAUCUGAUAAUCUUUCUGUUAGUGUAUCUACUUUGUCUGUCUUUCUUCCCACCUAUGGGUAUCUGUAUGUCUGCCUCCUUACCUAACCUUCUGGCUUUUUGUCUGCCUGACUGUAUGUCUUUUGGCUUGUUUGAGUGUCUUGUUGUCUGGCUCUGCUUGUCUGUCUCCGACUGUCUCGUUGUCUGUAUGUUGUCUGUCCAUCUGCCUGCUUUUUGACAGUCUAUCUUUCUAUCUUCCUGUCUUACUGCAUUUCUGACUGAUUGUCUGUCUGUCUGUCUGUCUGUCAGGGCUAACGCUUGAAUUGCCAGCUUUGAAACCCUUUAUGGAGGCCAGUUUAUGUUAUUAAGUCAGUUGAUAAUACCAAAUUACCUUGUUUUACUCUCCCACUGAUGCAGCACCACAGUUUCUUGUAAUUAGAAACUUACCUUAUAUUCAUUUGUCUACCUGUUCGUCUGUUUGUAUGUCUGUCUUUGCUUUUCCUGACUAUCUCCCUGAAUGUUUGUCUUUUUGGCUUGUUUGAGUGUCUGUUUGUUUGGCUCUGCUUAUCUGUCUCUGCCUUGUCUGUGUCUGCUUAUCUGUCCAUCUGCUUGCUUAGCUUUCUUUCUUUUUUAUUGAAAUGGUUUAAGUUUUAAUUACUGUGGUACUGCAUCAGUGGGGGAGUAUAACAAGAUACUAGUGUAGUGGCCAUCAUCAAGAGUUUUUAAAGCUGACGUUUUGAGCACUGUCAGGACCUUUUGAAAUUGACCCUCCCUCUCCCAUCAUUUAGGUUAAUUCGAUUUUGUUUGUUUUUUUGUUCAAUUACUUUAGAGUGUUCAACAUGAUUUACUGCACUAUUUCAAACCAGCUACCAGCAGUUCCUUGGAGCCUUUUGUAAAAUUCACUAAUCUUCCAGCUGACCGACAACUCCUACUGAGAAAUCGCAAUGACCUUGUGGAAUGUCACAAAAUUUUCCAGAAAAUGGCCUCUGAGUAAAGAAUAGUGAAAUAAUAUGAAAUCUAAAAUUGUGAAAAAAGCAUGGAUUAUAUUUAUUUCUUACCAAGUAAUAAAAGAGCAAUGAACAGAGAAG